AUGUCCGAAAUGGAAACUACAGGUAGCACGAUUCAUCAUGGUCUAUCCGCUUCAUCAUCUUCACUUCGUUGUACAUUUCUUGGUUCAUUAUCAUCCCCUCGUGGUCGUGAUCUUCUCUCUCAAUUAUGUUUACAAAUCGCUCAAAAAUCAAAAUUACAACAUCAUUUUGUUGAACGAAAAGAUCUGGAUAAAAUGAGACGAAAAUUGUUUGCUAAAUCAAUAAAAAAUUCACGAAAUUUACAACAACCAUUAGAACAAACAAUGCCACUUGAAAUGAAAGUUUUCUUUGUACGUGAUCAACUUCAACGAAUAUCAGCUGAACAGGGAGUUGAUGAUGAUCUAUCCUAUGACUUAAUUACUAUAUCAGGUCCACAACUUAUUGAUUUCUUACUUGGUACAUGCUCAGGUUUAUUUCGUACAACUGCUCGAUCACACGUUGGUCCUGAGAUUCUCGGUAAUGUACUUAAACGUCGUCGUCCUGGUCAUAAUCCAUUAUUAUCAACGAAAAUAUCAUCUAUACAAUAUUAUCCAAAAGUUAAUUAUUAUAAAGCUUGGCGUAUAAUGCAUCGUCGUCGAUUAGGUAAAACUCAUCAACGUACUAAAUAUCAACAACCACGUGCUGGUAUUAUGUUAACAAAACAUCAAAGUCCCAUUGUUUGUUUACGUAUGUAUCGUGGUUUACUUUAUUCAUGUUCAUUAAAUGGUCAAGUACGAUUUUAUCAAACUCAAACACUUACAGAACAUCCUCGUCAUGAGCCAAUAUUUACACCAAAUGGUGGUACACAAACAUUACAAGUAGCACAUUGUAAACGAUUUGGUGGUACAAUAUUAUGUGUAGCUGGUUUUGAUCAAACAGUCAGAUUAUACCGUGAUCAUCCAUCACAUGAAUCCAAAGGUGAAAUAAUGCUUGCUGCUCCUGUUCAUUGUACAGCUGUUAAAUUUCAUAUUUUAAUGGUUGGAUUAGGUUCAGGUGAAGUUGCAUUUAUUUCAUUAAAAAAGAUGUGUGUUAUACAUACAAUUAAAUGUUCGCCCUAUGUUGUAUCAGCAGUCGCAGCUACACGUGAUCCAGAUGGUCGUCACUUAUUAAUUGCAUCAUCUUUUGAUGGAUCUAUAGUUGUUAUUUCUUUACUUAAUGAACAACGGCGAUUAACAUUAACAGGCCAUACAAAAUCUCCACGUCAAUUAAUUAUUGAUUCAGUUCAUCAUUUUCUAUAUAGUUGUUCAGCAGAUAAAAAAAUCAUUGUACAUAAUUUUCUAAAUGGUACAAUUAUAUAUGAAUAUAAAGAAUUUGAAAAAGCUGUAACAAAUAUUGCAAUGAAUCAACAACAAAAUUUAUUAAUUGCUUCAUCACUUGAUGGUCUUAUUAAAAUAUUUAAUAUUCAAACACAUGAAUUAAUUCAACAAUUAACAACAUCAACAAGUCAAUCAAUUAUUUCAAUGAU